UUUCGCGCCGAAAACACCUAAAGAACGGAUGAUUGCGAUUUGUGUGGAUUUUUCGAUUUUCGAGUGAAAUGUGCCGUUUUGUCACUGUUUUUCUUGGAUUUAUCUGAUGUCAAUCUGAAGCUGAAGAUGCUGAAGUGGACCAUCCCAUCCAGGCGCGACACCGGCGACAAACCAGCACGAUUUUCCUCCAACUUUCCAAGCGCCGAUUCAAUUGCCCGCACUCCCUUGAAGAAGAAGCGAAGAUGUUCGAGCGCCGGCCGAAGAGCCAGCAACCACAAGCGCUUCAGCUUGGACGCUUUGGACGACGAUAAGGAGAACCAGUUCCACUCCACUCCAAUCAAAAACACCUCCGUCCAAGAAGCCUUCAGUCCCUUUCGCGAUCUGAGCAACGUGGCGUCGCAUCAGGAAAAAGCCCGGAGGAUCUCCAGUCCGAAGUACAAGGUGAAAAAGAAGAAAGAGUGCCUGGAGGCGCACCAGGGCGUGGGGGAGAACUCCAAUUAUUUCACUCCCUUUGAGGCGGUGGACUCCCACAUUGAGUCCUACCUGGCCGAGCUGUGCAGCUGCAAAGCCCCCAAUGUCCCCACAGAUCUUGAAGCUGAACCAGUGGAAACCCCUGCAAUUGAAGAUGCAGCCGACCAAGCAACUCUGCCAGGCUUUCGGGCUAAAAAACUGGAUGCCCCACGGGUGUCCCCACUAGUGAAGAAAAUCCUCGAGCUGCAGUUCAGCCGAAGCAGCAAGGAAGCGAAUGAUUCCUCAUUCAUCAACGACUUGUCCCUGGAUAAGCUCGUGGACGCUUUGCUGGAAAACUCUUCAGCUCAACUUUCCCCGAGCGCCAGCAUGGUGGUGAACAUCCACAGCAAGGACCUGGAGAAGGUUUGCGACGCUAAAGAGGAGGAGAAUGAGAAUGAGAAUGGGUUGAAGCGGCUGGAAGUGCAUUCGGCCGCUUCUUCGGACUCCGGGUUCAAAAGCAGCCCCAAUGAGAACCCUCAUCAGAUGGACAGCAACUUUGUCUGCAAAUGCAACAACAAUAAUUUAACCAUGCAGCAGACGAUUAUUCCGAUCAACGAAACCUACAAUGAGCGGUGUGUGGAUGGGGAGGUUUCAAGAAAACGCACCUCGUUAACGCCGGUUAAUGCGGAAGAAGCCAAGAAACCCAAAGUGGAAAUCGACCAUACUUUGAAACGGCAGAAAUGCAUCAGGCGAAGAAAGGCCGAACAUUUUCGGCAGAAACUCCGCAGGUUGAACAGCUCGGUGAUGGAAUCCGCUACAGUGUCGCCCUUCUGGUCCAAUCAGAAGCAGUUUUUCGUUCCCAGUGACGAAGAAUCCUUCAGUUCGCUAUCAGUCUUCCAAGACGUGGAAAAUACUCCUUUGAGGGGCUGCUAUUUGGAGAAUAAGAACAUUCUGUCGGCUACUCCUUUGGUAGAACCCGAUGCAAAUAAGCCAUCAAGAAAGUGCCUGCUGUUCUCUUCGCCUGCCACGAAUGAAUCGACCAGUUUUGCCGAUAGUACUGUUAGAAGUGCCGUACUGGAUGUGAGAGGGAGUCUGGAUUUGAGGAUAUUUUCCAAUGGGGAAAGCAUUUAUGUUAAUGUAAUAAGAUGCCACGAUUUGUACAAAGCGGACGGCGAACCAAUCAACCCAUACGUAAAGGUGGCUUUAGCCGACUCGAUGCGGAGCAGCGGAAGCAAAAAGAAGAAUGCAGUCCUGCAGCGCACCUCGGUCCAAAGCAACUCUUCAAGGCCGAUCUUCAACCAUACCUUCAAGUUCCCGAAACUACCUGCAAGCAGCCGCAAAAGAAUUAACAUCGAGGUGUGGCAUCGAGAUCGGACCACUAUAAACCCACCACUACUCCAGAGGAGAGCCGAAAGCGCACCAUUUACCAACUAAUCAGCAAAGAACAGCAGUAUGCCACCUGCCUGCAGUUCGCCAUCACCAGAUUCGUAUCCGCAUUGGCAGAGAGGCGGGACUUGCUGACCGCUUCCGAGCAUAAAGUGUUGUUCCAAAACUCCGAAGAGAUACUGCGGAUAACUGAAGAUAUCUUGGACCAUCUGGUGCAUGAGGAUGGGGAAAUGGAUGCGAGCAUACUGAGCAGAGUCUAUCGGUGCAAACUGCACGAAAUUACUUCGGCCUAUAAAAGAUACUGUUCGGGGAUUAAGAAGGCUGAUUGCGUCCUGGCCAAUAAGAUGAAGAACAGCAAUUCGGAUUUUGUCAAGUUCAUCCAGUGCCCGGCCAUUCCCAGAAGGCGACCGGACCUUACCACUUUCAUCCACAAGCCCUUGGAGCAUUAUCGCGAAGCGCUAAAGAUUCUCAUGGCCAUCCAGGGCCACACGCCACCAAAACACGAGGAUUUUUCCGCGAUUGGUCAGAUUGUCCAUGAAAUGCAGGUGACCUACAGGGAAAUUACUUCGGAAGGAGGGCUGAUGGAGCCCUGCGGGGAAGGCCGCCCGUUACUCUCGGUCCAGGACCUGGAAAAUCGCCUGGUUUUCACCAAAUGCAAGCCCUUUGUGCUCAACAAACCAGGACGCCAGUGGAUUUUUGGGGGCGACUUGGGGCGAGUAGAAGGCCGGAACGUCCGCCAAUACUGGACCUUGCUCUUCAGUGACCUCAUCCUAUUCGCCAGAGCCUCUAGGGAUCGGGUUCUAUUUAUCACCGAAGAUCCGCUUCCUCUAGCUCAUGUUACUGAUAUUGUUUUCAACGUUAGGAAAAAGGAUACGGAGUUUAGAAUAUGCACCAAUUCGGAUGCCAAAAGGCAGGCCACCAGUCCCACCAUCCACUGCGGCCCCGAUCUGAGUCGGACCCCGAAGAAGAGCUCCUGCAGAAAAACUGUGAUUUUGCGCGCGCCCACCAUGGAGCUCAAGGCGGUCUGGCAAAAUUUACUGCAGAGGCAAAUCCUCCACCUAAAUGCCGGUUUGGAUGGAAGCGCACUUAGUUCCCCCAUGGAAUCGCCGGAGGUUCCCAUCAACUCUUCGGUGGGCACUUUGCAGUCGGUUGAAACGAGCUCCAUGCGACGUCAGGUGCGUCUACUACAUGGCAAUAUGGCCUUUUUUCACCCCUCGGCAACAUAUCCAAAUGAACACAAUCCCCAUGAACCCCCAUCCCCCCAGAACAUCAACACGUCCUGUCGGGUGCGAGUCUCUUCGGAUGAAGUUGAAAGCGUCUUCAGCGGGCAUGAGGAUCUGGCCUCGUCUGAGGUCCUGUUGGAGGCCUUUGAAGAGAUCCAGCUGGGGGAGGAAGCCAGCUCCCAUCGCUCCCCAAUCGUUUCCACUAAUUCCACGGCGUUUCUCUCCUCGGGCAAGGGUUCUGUUGCCACCUCCACUAGGCCAGUUUGGUCCAAUAAGAGCUCGGAGACUCCCAGCACUUUGGACUCUUCGUCCUUCUACAACCGAAGCCCUGUUGAUGAGGUGUUUGAUUCGGGUGAUCUUCCCAAGUUGUCUUUGGGCCAACCAGCGAGUCCCAGUGCGAUUUUGACUCCCAGCAGCGAAGUCUCUGACCAAUCAGGCAGCAGCUACGACUUGCGGGACGACUUUUGGGACGUGAGUCAGUUUGAUUACGAUUUGAGCAGUUUGAAUAUCGAUGGCAUGUCCCAGCUGAGUGGCAAUUUUAAUUUUUGAUGCGCGCUCAAAAAUAGUUCUCGUCUGCAAUAAUUCCCAGCCUGAACUAGUGAUUGGUUGCCCCUCCUUUCCAAGUUCCGGCUCCCUGCCUUUCCAUGGCCAGCCCCUCCUAGAGACUACAUAGCUGAUAUUGUUAAUAAUUUUUUUAUUCGAAUGAAUCAAAAAGUGCCUUUUUG